CCUUCUCUAGCACCCCCGGGCAACUUCAUCAGGAUCAUCUGCGUGCCAGGGCGUGGUCGACCGCUGACCUCCAGAGACAACCGCUUGAUCCAUCCACGGGGAGAUCCAGAAAGCUACCAAACAAACCGCAAAAGCAUCACGGAACGAGCCGUACCACCGUUUUAGACGGUUGACUCGAGCCAGCAGCUCGCUCGCCGUUCGCGGACAGCAGAUACAUACAUCACUACUCGCCUGAGCACCGGCGGCCCGGGGACUGUUCCUCUGAUCGGCUGCAGCAGACAGACAGACGCACGACUGCAUUGGUCCACAUGUCGGGCCCGACAGGGAACGCUGCUGCAGGCGGCCAGCGCUGGGACGCUGAGCGCUUCACCAAAGAGCGAGACGCACGCCAGGAGCCAUACCGGGAGAUGCGGCCGCGCAGAGCGACGGCGACGAUGGUCGAGGAUGACCGCGACGUGCGCAGAGACAGGCGUUCGCUCUUCAGCGGCAUCCCGGACUACGUCCAGCCGGCCGCCAACGACACCCAGAGCACCCACCUCGUACCCGUCAUCCGGCCAGGCAGAAGCAGCAGCAUCAGCAGCAGCAACCGCGGCGGCGGCAGACGGCCAGACGUAUCCCCUGCUCGAUCUAGUGACGAUCGAGGCUUUCGACGCCCAACGCUGCUGCGUCGUCAGUCCUCGCUGGACCGGUUCGAUCUCGCGGCCUCCAAGCGCUCCCAUGACUACCGCCGUUACGAUAGGGAUGACUACGGUCCACCAGUCACCCCGCGGAAGCGCAGCUCGACCCGCGUGCCCGAUAUAAAGCCAGCCAGAAGCAUCACCCCGCGGGGGAGACGUUCGUCCAGCCUAGCCAUGCUCGAUGCACCAGCACCACCCCGCGCGAAGUCGAGACGGGCGAGCCCCAAGCCGGGGACGACCCGUAUCCCCAAGCAUAUGGUUGCGCCUAUUGCGCUCGAGGACCUUGGUUACGACUACGAGGAAUAUGAGGAGGAUAUCCUGAUCUACAAGAUCCUUACCGACGACCGGAUCCAUGAGUUGGUAGAGUACAGCAAGAGAGCACGAGCAGGCGCUCUUCCACGGAGAAGCAAGGAGAAGGAGACCGUCAUCGUUGGAGCCAAAGACACUGCUCUGACUGUUGAGCGGCGUCAAUCCGUCUCCAGACGCGGAGGCAGAACCCCAUCUCCGCCCUCAGAUGUCCGUUCAAUUAGACCACGUCAUGUCCGGCGACGCUCGUCUCCCAUCCGUGUCCUUGAGGUCGCGGACGACCAUCCAGAACGGUUGCUGGUGCCGUACCAUCACCACAUGUCUGAGCGUGAGCUCAUGACAGCCGUGGACGCACCAGAGGUCGUCGUCAAGAGAGACUACAAGGCACCCACUCCUCGCCUUCUUCGCGCCAUGAUGGCCACCCUUACCUGAUCUCUCUCUCUCUCUCUCUCCAGUCUCAGCGUCUAACAGAAGAGCCCGCAUAUUGCCAGAAUCUAUCACCCAUCUCACGGUUCAGCCUUCAGUCUGCAUUUUCAGUUUUUCUUACUAUCUCUUUGCAUCUUGGUAUACACUCCUUUCUCUCAUUUUCUAUUUUUCUGUGUCUCUUAUGUCUCUCCUAUGUGAUUUUACGUAUGCAUGUUAUGCUUCUUACGCUUCUUAUUUAUGCUUUAUGCUUUUGUGGAGUUUCUCGAGGAUGACGGCCGCACAUGAAACAGCAAACUACGGACAACUCAGGCUUGUGUCAAACAUACAUAGACCCGUGUAUAGUACUCUGAUCUAAAUAGUGACAUUUACCAGUAAUAAUAAUCCAGUCUACCAACUUCUCUUCCUUUAACCUGCUAAACCUCGAUUGUCUAUAUAGCUUAGUUAUUGGUAACUAAGAUAAGCUCAGCAAAAACGACUUCAACUUCAACACAAACAUUGAGGGCUUUCUUUAACCACCACACAGACAUUAUACCACGUCUGCAAGGGACCGUUGAUACUUACUUAGCAUAAAUAUAAACGGCUCUUUAAUGUUACAACAAGGCCGCUUAAAUAUUAUACCCUUUCCUCUGUGGACCACAGCAGUGGCACCGCUCAUUUGCUCGCCUGGUGGUAGCCUACCAUCAAGUGGAAGCCUGCAUUCACUACUUAUUUAUACGGACUUUACUGCAUCUUCCUCUAACUUCUUUGUACAAGCGUCUUGCUUGGGUGUAUUCACCAAGCUCUUAUUUUGUGCCCUUGCUCUUCCAUUCACCUGAUGGGCAGAUUCACUCUGGUUAAAAAGACAUAAAAGAACCUGCUUGAGCUUUCGGCCUUCUCCUUUUAC